GAAGGUUGUGAUAACAGUCAGCUCACCUUGUUUCAGGCUGCAGCUGAUCCAAGAUGAAAUUCGUUCCUGUUCUUGUACUUUGUAUGACCCUGUUCUGUCAGGGAUACGGCAACAGUCUAGACUCAUGUCAGGUUCGGUGCGGUAAUGGGAUGGACAGCAAUUUCUCCUGUCAGUGCAAUCCUUCAUGUGAACUCAACAACGACUGUUGUUCAGACUACACUGAACUAUGCAAAGGUGAUGGAGAAAAUAGGGCCAGUGUGAUCACUGAUGCAGAGAUCAAGGCUCUCUCUGAGACACUUUAUGUUCUAGACUCAAACAAAGCUUCAUCCACUGAGUUGAUUAUUGAUCCUCAGGCUCUGGUGUCAAACUCCGAGACAGGCUCCCAGACAGAUCUCUCCUCAAAGCCCUUGUUCCGUCACCUGGACGAGGGCAUUCUGUUUUCCAGGCCUACCUAUGCUGCUUUACUGUCUGUGCUGGACAACUACAACAGGAUGACUGGACAGACAGAAAACUUCAGUUCUCAGCAGCUGGCUGAGCAGGACAAAUUCCUCCAGGAAACUAUGUCCAACACUGAGCUGGGCAGAGAGCUGUUUACCUUCCUCUACUCAAAGGGGGUUUACGCAUCAGAGAAAGAGUUUAUUCAGGACCUGAAGAUGAUGUGGUUUGGUCUAUACUCCCGUAAUAACAACAAGAUGGACUCCAGUGGCUUUGAACACAUCUUUGCAGGAGAGAUUAAGGGAGGAAAGGUGUCUGGUUUCCACAACUGGAUCCAGUUUUAUCUUCUUGAGAAAAAGGGAGAGGUGAACUACUUUAGCCACAGCUUUAAUGGGCCUUGGACUACAUAUCCUGAUGUCUUAGGGAUGCAGUUCAAUUGGGAUGGCUACUUCAAGCAGGUUGGCUCUGCAGUCAUUGGCUGCAGCCCUGAAUUUGAUUUUGCUAUCUACAGCCUCUGCUACAUUACUCGACCUGGAAAACGGUGCCGUUUAAGUCUUGGAGGGAAGGAGCUCAUCAUCCAGACUUAUACCUGGGAUAACUCCUUCUAUGGUGAUGGAAAGAAAUUCAUCGGCUCUGCCUAUCCUGCAACUCCUAGCUGAAUGAUAAGCCAUUUGGAGAGCAGCUGGCUUCUGUUUCAAAACCCUUUUGAGAUAGAUGUUUUGAAAUGAUGUUCCCAAUAGAAAUCACUUUCAUCAGGUAUUACAAAACUUGAACAACAGCUUUAAGAUAAAUUAAAAGCUAACCGGUGACCUGAAUGUAUCACACCAUCAUAAUUUAAUUCCCUACAUGCUGCAAUAAAAAAAAAAUCCAGAAAAAUUAA